AUGAUCGACUCCAACUCGGAGAAAGAGGGUGCCUACUCUACCGGGGAUUCGCUUGCCCUGGAGGACAUUCAAGCAUCUACUAUGGAAGGGAAGCAGACGACAGCAGAAAGUACUAGUGAUGUUCCGACUCAGGAACAAGAACCAGAGUACAUCACGGGGGUGAAGCUGUUUGUCGUCUUAGUGGGAUGUGGGAUGGUGGUAUUCCUCAUGCAAUUGGAUCAAACUAUAGUUGUUACUGCCAUUCCAAGAAUUACAUCGACGUUUAACUCGCUCAAGGACAUUGGGUGGUAUGGAAGUUCAUUUAUGCUUGCUCUUGCGGCAGUCCAGCCUCUCGCUGGAAAAGUAUAUCAAUAUUACAGCUCAAAGUAUACAUUCUUGUCCGCUAUUGCAAUAUUCGAAGUGGGGUCAUUGAUCUGCGCAGUAUCACAGUCAUCCAAUAUGUUUAUUGUUGGGAGGGCCAUUGCAGGUGCAGGAGGCUCUGGGCUUGCCCUUGGGUUCUUUAGUAUUCUCGCAGCAUCAGCUCCUCUAGACAAACGACCCCUAUACUUAGGAAUAGUUAUGGGCGUUGCUUCGUUAGGAUUGGUUUUAGGUCCUGUAAUCGGCGGUGUCCUCACUGAGAGGGCUUCGUGGAGAGUAUGUUUCUACUUGAACCUGCCUGUGGGGGCACUCACUGCCAGCUUCUUGUCAUUCAUCACCAUCCCAGAUUCAAAACUGAGUGGCGGGCCGAAAAAGGCAACGAUAAAGGAGCAACUAGCCCGGCUCGAUCUCCAGGGUUUUGCAAUCUUCACACCAACCUGCAUUAUGCUGCUCCUAGCACUCGAGUGGGGAGGAGUAACAUACAAGUGGGAUUCGGCAACAAUAAUCGGGUUGUUCUGUGGAGCUGUGGUUUUGUGUGGUCUAUUUCUGCUUUGGGAGAGAUAUCGUGGAACUGACGCUAUGAUACCACUAGCGAUGCUAAGACGACCUGUUAUGAUCUCCGCCUCAACAACAAUGGUAAUGUCCCAGGCCUCGACUCUUGUCAUCACGUACUACCUCGCCAUUUGGUUCCAGGUGGUGAAAGAAGCGUCACCAACCAUGGGUGGUGUCUAUUUCCUACCUACUGUUGGAUCGCAGAUCGUAGGCGCGGUGGUGACCGGAGCCCUGACCUCUCGCCUCGGAUUUUACACUCCAUUCGCUAUCGCGGGCUCAGCUCUAACAACCGUCGCCUCGGGUCUCUUCACCACCCUCACCCCCACCUCCUCCGCCGGAGCAUGGAUAGGCUACCAAAUCAUUUCAGGACUCUCCCGCGGCAUGUCCCUGCAGCAACCCAUUACAGCUAUCCAAGCAGUCCUCCCCAAGGAAGAACUCGCCCUUGGAAAUGCGUUUCUCAUGUUCAGCCAAAUUCUAGCAGCAGCGAUCUUCGUGUCACUCGGCCAGACAAUCUUCUCGAAUCAUCUGGUAUCAGCGCUAGCAAAGUUUGCGCCCGAGGUUGAUGCCUUGCGUGUUCUUGAUGUUGGAGCGACAAAUUUUAGGAGUGUGAUAGCAGUGGAGUCUGUACCAGGAGUGAUAUUGGCUUAUAAUCAAUCGAUUACGAGGAUUUUUUGGUUGAGUCUGGGUGCCUCCUGUGCCGGUUUCGUGGCGAGCUGGUUUUUGGGAUGGAAAAAUAUAAAGAAAAUUAAGCAGGGGGAUGAGAAGCAGGGAUGUAAAGCCGCUGAGAAAGGAGAUGCGGAAGUUUAG